UUGGUGCCGCCUGACGAAUGCUGUCCAGAAGAACAGCUCGAGAAGACAGGUGGACGGCUGCUGUCGAAUUUCACGUGGGCGAUUCAGGAGAGAGCAUAUACCAUUUCUAUGCCCGCGUCCUCUCCACCUUCCUCAAAAACAAAACUCCCUUCCGUCCGUCCAUCAUCGCAAAUUUCUGUCUGAUCAUUAGAAGCAGCACACGCCCAAAUUCGGACGCCGCCUGCGUUGCCUAGUGAUCGAAUCCAUUCUUCUCGAAGGGCUCUGCCCUUCCCAUCUGUGAAUUCGUCUGAAUAGAGCCACGAGGGGGUUCGAUCUCUGGCAGGAAAAUCUAAUGCCAGAGAUCGAACGACAACAAGAACAACACCACCACCAUCAUCAUCAUCAUCAUGAGGACGCCCUCUUCGGCAAGUACGAGGUCGGGAGGCUGCUGGGUUGCGGCGCCUUCGCCAAGGUGUACCACGCGCGCAACCUCCAGACGGGGCAGAGCGUGGCGCUCAAGGUCAUCCACAAGAAGAAGCUCUCCUCCUCCAACUCCGCCACCCUAAUGUCCAACAUCAAGCGCGAGAUCUCCAUCCUCCGCCGCCUCCGCCACCCGUACAUCGUCUCCCUCUACGAGGUCCUCGCCACCCGUUCCAAGAUCUACGUCGUCAUGGAGUUCGCCAAGGGCGGCGAGCUCUUCUCCAAGGUCUCCAAGGGCCGCCUCUCCGAGGACGUCUCCCGCCGCUACUUCCAGCAGCUGAUCUCCGCCCUCGGCUACUGCCACGCCCGCGGCGUCUUCCACCGCGACCUCAAGCCCGAGAACCUCCUCCUCGACGACAACGGCGACCUCAAGGUGACCGACUUCGGCCUCAGCGCCGUCACCGACCAGAUCCGGUCCGACGGCCUCCUCCACACGCUCUGCGGCACCCCCGCCUACGUGGCUCCGGAGAUCCUGGGGAAGAAGGGCUACGACGGCGCCAAGGUGGACGUGUGGUCGUGCGGGGUCAUCCUGUUCGUCAUGACCGCUGGGUACCUGCCGUUCAACGACCCGAACCUGAUGGCCAUGUACAGGAAGAUCUACAAGGGCGAAUUCCGGUGCCCCAAGUGGAUGUCGGCCGACCUCAAGCGCUUCCUCCGCCGCCUCCUGGACACCAACCCGGACACCAGGAUCACCAUCCACGAGAUCCUCACGGACCCCUGGUUCCGGAAAGGCUACAAGGAGGUCGACCUGUUCGCGGAGGCCUCCGGCAGCAAACCGGACGGUUUUAAGGAGAUGGUAGGGCAGGGGGAUAGCAAGAGCGAGCUAAACGCGUUCGACAUAAUAUCCUUCUCGGCGGGGCUAAACUUGUCGGGAUUGUUCGACGACGCGUACGACGCGUCGGAAGACGGGGAGACGUUCGUGUCGGAGGAGUCGCCGGAGGAGCUGAUGGAGAGGGUCGAGGGAUUCGCAAAGGAAGAGAAGCUGAGGGUGAGGAGGAAAAAGGAAUGGGGGUUGGAAGUGGAAGGAAGAGAGGGCAAUCUGGUGAUGGUGGCGGAGGUGAACAGGUUGACGGAGAAGUUGGUGGUGAUGGAGGUGAGACGAGGAGGGGGAGAUGCUGGGGUCUACAGGGAGAUCUGGAAGACCAAGCUCAGGCCUCGCCUCGUUCGCAACUGAAAUCGACGCCGCAUUCCGUCGACCCAAGACUUGAUUUUCCGGGCGGUCUCAACAUGCCGGGGCUCGAGAUUACAGUUUGCAGAAAUGAAUUAGCCAUUGUCAAAUUAUUUGUGUGCCUACUUGUUCGCAUACACGUUAAUGAAAAAUAAAAGCUUUUUGGGUGGAUGUAUGUGUGAGUGCUAUAUAUUCCUGAGUUUCCAGGAGUGUUGUACAUUACAGAGAUUUUCUAACAUAGUAGCCGUAUAAUUUGCAUGA